AUGGAUGUGGAAAAUGAUGCAAACCUUGGGCACAGCUCACUAUGGCGAGUAGCACUCACUGCCACCUCCCUCGGCAUCGUCCACGUGCUUUCUGGGCCAGACCACCUUGGGGCGCUUGUGGCUCUCUCCAACGGGAAAACAUGGCGCCAGGCGUUUUUUCUCGGGGUGCAGUGGGGGUGCGGGCACUCGAUCGGUAUCCUGGCUGUUGCGCUGUUCUGCGUACUUAUCAUUGGUCACGCUUUGGCUCCCAACAGCAUCUUUAGUGCCGUUUGCAAAUACCUCACCGGUCUUUGUCUCGUGUUUCUCGGAGUCUGGACGCUGUGUGAUGCUCAUCAGGAAUAUAACGAGAUUAACGUGCCUCCCAGUCCCACGCAUUUAGCUUCAUCACCAAAGUCGAGGUGGAGUCAAGUACAGUGUCAAGAUACGUCCUACGUUCUACUGCAGUCGCCAAAUGACCCAAGUGCGAGAUUAUAUCUCAGUGCGUCGUCGGCAGCCAGCAUAGGAGCAGGUAUCUUGCAUGGAGCUGCUGGUCCAGGUUGUCUAUUGGCAGUGUUGCCUACCCUCUCGAUGCAGAAUGACACUUUACGGACUCUGUUAUAUCUCGGAUGCUUUUGUGGGAGUUCCAUCUUGUCGAUGGGGUCGUUUGCUGCACUCUAUGGGGAAUUGACACAGCGAAGUGGCAGGGCACGAUCUUCGAAUGCAGCAUACAACGUUGCUGUAGCUUCGUCGGUGCUAUCGAUAGGUGUAGGAACUGCUUGGAUCGUGCUGCAAGCUACCGGUGUGUUGAACCGCGUGUUUGGGGAUUGA